CCCCACCCCACCCGCAGUUACAGUCCAUUAAUAUAGCACAAGCGAGAUUUAAGUCGGCCAGCCCAGCUUUUUAAUCGGGGAAGGGGUUGAAUCUGCAUAUGUAGCACCUGCAGACUGUAUAAACAAGUAAAAAAGGGUUGUUUUUUUCAUGAGCAGAGUAGACCCAUUGAAAUCAAUGUGCCCAACUUAGGCCUGGCUGCCCAUUUCAGUGGGUCUACUUGGGGUACGCAUAACCCCAUACCUUCCAAUAGUUCUCUGAUGAAAAUAAAAAGGUAAAGGGACCCCUGACCAUUAGGUCCAGUCGUGGCCGACUCUGGGGUUGCGGCGCUCAUCUCGCUUUAUUGGCCGAGGGAACCGGCAUACAGCUUCCGGGUCAUGUGGCCAGCAUGACUAAGCCGCUUCUGGCAAACCAGAGAAGCGCACGGAAAUGCCGUUUACCUUACCGCCGGAGCGGUACCUAUUUAUCUACUUGCACUUUGACGUCUUUUCGAACUGCUAGGUUGGCAGGAGCAGGGACCGAGCAACGGGAGCUCACCCCGUUGCGGGAUUCGAACUGCUGACCUUCUGAUCGGCAAGUCCUAGGCUCUGUGGUUUAACCCACAGUGCCACCCACGUCCCUCCUGAUGAAAAUAGGGACGUCCUUUUCCAUCAUCAUAAUGGUUUUAUUCUUUAUACCCCACCCAUUAAACAUUUUAAAAAAAUCUUCCGUAUAUAGAACUGUCUUCAGAGGUCUUCUAAAGGUUGUACAGUCACUUAUCUCCUUGGCUCAGGGGUCGCCUACCCUCCCCAUACCCUCCCACAUUUCUACGAUGAACGUCCUAAUGAAUGGGUAGGCAAACUAAGGCCCUGGGGCUGGAUCUGGCCCAAUAACCUUCUAAAUCUGACCCACGGACGGUCUGGAAAUCAGCGUAUUUUUACAUGAGUAGAAUGUGUGCUUUUAUUUAAAAUGCAUCUCUGGGUUGUGGGGCAUAGGAAUUCAUUCUCCCCUCCCCCCAAAAAAAAUAGUCCGGCCCCACACUAGGUCUGAGGGACAAUGGACCAGCCCCCUGCUGAAAAAGUUUGCUGACCCCUAUAAAGUUUCAGUAUAAAAUCAGAAACUGGAGUGGCUUCUGUAAAUCCGGGGCUGUCCCUGGAAAAUAGGGACACUUGGACUGUCUGAUAGCACUGGGUACUAUGACCCAAUGGGUUGACCCAAACGUGGGAUGGUGUGGAAGGAAAGCAGCUCCCACCGAUAAAUUUUGCAUCCUCUGGUCCCUGGAGCAACUCACUGUGUACAGCUCCUUCCCUGAAAAGUCUCUCCAGAAUGUCUGGUCUGGGGACCUUCUUUAUUUCAUUUCAUUUAUUGCAUUUAUACCCCCACCUCAAAGUGGGGCAUACAGGGUUCUCUCCUGCCUCAUUUAAUCUCCACAACCACCCCGUGUAAUAGGUUAGGCAGUGUCUCACCCAAGGUCACCCAGUGAGCUUCAAGGCCCAGUGGGGAUUUGAACCCGGUCUGAUACUCCAACCACUGCACCGCACAGUCCUACUGCAUGCAAUGGGGCUACUUCUGAAAAGACAUGGUUAGGAUUUGGCUGUACUGCAUACUAAAAAUAUUAAAAUCCUGCAGCACGAAAAGCUGAAUUCUGCAGCUUGCAUGACUCAUGUAACCUGGACUACUCUGUACAAAUUUCUCUUAUUGCAUAAUUAUUUUUUCAAUUUCUCCCUAUUUCACAUAAUCAUGGAUUGUUCUAUGGGAUACCAAUAUGAUACAUGCAUCAUCUGCAAUGCAGGCAAAUAGUAGGAUGAUUUAAUCAGGAAAACAACAGGUGUAAAAUAUAUUUGAAACCAUCCCUCAGCCUUGAUCCAAACUCUGUCCCCUACCCCAUUAACACUUUUUUAAAAAUCAAAAAAAUAAUCUGAGAGACCCUGGCUAGAGACUUCCCAUUUUGUGCCUUCCUUGGCUCUGAGAUUUUCGGGUGCGUUCUGGACCUGCUGCCCUAUUCAGUGCUUUCUCUAGCAGGAGAUAAGUCUCUCAAAUAAAUGUGCAAGCUUUCGGAGUACCACAGGAUGCUGCAAUUGUUAUGUCAAGUUCUGGUGGUACUCACAUAAGCCAGUCACACAGCUAAAAUAAUCAAAAAGCGUGCUUAAAAAAUCACACCAAAACACCUCUGUUGUUUACUAGGGAGCAGCUGUGCAACCGUUAGCUGCGGGAAAGGAGUACUGAGGUCAGAGAGGAAGAGAGAUGGGUUGAGCACAUUGCCUGCUAGUCUAGCGCACUCUCUGUUUGUGUAGCUGCUCAUUCUCACAAGAUGUCUCCAGCUCUCCACCUUACGUUCCAGCACCUCCUGACCAGCGCAGCACUCCAACUUCUGACCUGUGAGUAAAACACCAUAGCUUAUUUGCUUGCUUGUUGGGGGUCAGUGUGACAAGUAUCAUUCAGAAGGCACGGGGAGUCCAUCUGUCUGAUGUUAUACGAGUUUUUAAAAAAACAGAAUGAAAUAAAAGAACUUGGGAUCUGGAAUUUUAAAAUUGUCCCACAGGGCCUAAAGUCUGCACUAAAGUUUAGAGUCCAAACAGAAACAAAACAAAAUAUAUUAGACCAAAAUUAUAGGACUGCAAAGUUGGAAGUGAUCCCAAGGGUCUAACUCAUGGGUAGGCAAACUAAGGCACGGGGGCUGGAUCUGGCCCAAUCGCCUUCUAAAUGUGGCCUGCGGACCGUCCGGGAAUCAGUGUGUUUUUACAUGAGUAGAAUAUGUCCUUUUAUUUAAAAUGCAUCUCUGGGUUAUUUGUGGGGCAUAGGAAUUCGUUCAUAUUUUUUUCCCAAAAUAUAGUCCGGCCCCCCACAAGGUCUGAGGGUCAGUUGACCAGCCCCCUGCUGAAAAGGUUUGCUGACCCCUGGUCUAACUCAUUGCAAUGCACACCAUCUCCCAUCCAAUUUGAAACCACACCGGACCCUGCAUAGCUUUGCAAAUGCUGUAGCAGUUUUAUUGCUGCACCACCACACUAAUCAUUACAAUAGAAUGUGUAGUACCUUAAUUUUGCAUCCUUUAGCCUGCAAAACCAGAUGUGGAGGUAGGGGUGGGCAGGAAGCAGUUUGUCCCAGCAGGAGGGAAUGUUAUAAAAGCAAAGAGGUAACCAUGCAAACCAGAGGUGCUCCUCCACCUGCCUGGCAGAGCUGUUUGCUUGGAAACUUUUCAGAAGUGUCUUACACAACCUUUGGGGCUAGGCAAGUGAGCAGCAAGAGUUUUGCAGAGUGGGGUGCAGGGGAAUCAUUGCCAGAAGUUCACCUGCCGGGACAACCCUUUUUGUCUAUGGGAGUUGCUCUGACCCCUUGAUCAUUCAUUGAAUUGGACAGAAACCAUGGGGUGGGAAGAAUCUCCAUUUUUAUGGAAGACCGCUCAAAUGAAGUAAAAACCAAGCAAGGCUCCACCAAGAAAGAUCCAAAAAAACCAUUAUCUGCAUAAUUUGUGUACAUGAAAACCAAUAGCUCUCCGAUCAAGUAGUUUUGCUCAUGCACGUUUAUAAUAAACUCUCAGCAGGUAGCUUAUCUUGGAGCUUAAAUGCAACACUGGCACCACCGCUCCAUGUGAUAGUAAACGGCGAAAGAAAGACCCUGGUAAUUUGUCUGGUGAACGAUCUCUCUGAGGAAGCAUUGGGGGCAGUUCGGUUUUCCAACGGAAAUGGGAGCAUGCUGGAGUCUUUCACCUACGGGAUUUCUAGGGAAGACGAUGGGACUUUCAGCAGCAUCUCUCAACUCUCCAUCAGCACCAAAGAAUUUGGAUCAUGGAGUACAGUCGCUUGCUACGUCGCACCAAACGAAACUUCAAAGACAUGGAGCACCACCUCCCUUCAACUCUCAGGUAUUCAUGAAUGGGGGGAUGGGGGUAUGGACUGUAGAUGUACUUUUAGGACCUCAUAAAUUAACAGUGCAACCCUGUGCAUGUCUAAUUAGAAGUAAGUCCCAUUGAGUUCAAUGAGACUUACUCCCAGGUAAGCAUGCAUUGGAACGCAUCCUCAUGUAUCUAAAUUGCUGUUAUCCUGUUACACUUAAAUCCUGCCUUUUUGCCAAUGAACUCUCUCCUUCAAACCGAUGUGUCCUAAUACAAUCAAUCAAUCAAUAUAGACAUUUAUGCACAAAUUCCAGGCACUUAAAAUCAGUAAAUUAAUAAUCUGGAAACUUAUAUAACACAACCAAGGCUUGCAAUGCCUUCUCUAAGUCAUAAUUUUGUCUUACAGAAGAAAAUACGGGAGAUCUCUGCCUGAGUGAAAAGCAAGAAGGUAAGAACAACAAUACAUUCUCCUUCCAAUCUCAGUUAUACCAAGAGCUCAGUUCCAAACCUGGUGUUUUGGGGGCAGGAAUUCAGACAAAGCUGUUGUAAGUAUACAAGGCUAGUGCUUGGAGCCUUGUGCCAUGACGAACAACUAAAUUCCAGAUUCAUAUAUCCUUAUAGAACACAAUUUGAACUAUUGUGAAUGAAGCAGAUUAGAGAGGAAGGCCACAGCUGCAAUUCUAUCUAUACCUACAGGGUAGGUGCCAGAGGUCAGGGGGCCUUUGGCACAGUGUUGCCCAUGCCUUCCACCCCACCCCCCAAACAUUGGUUGGCAUCCCUCUGUCUCGGGGGACAAUGGAAGAGGGCGCCUGUUGGAAGGUUACAGUGCCUGCUGUGGCUGUAGAGAUCGACACAGAAAAGACAUGUUUUGUUGCAGCUGGGGCAGAUGAAGGCACUCGGUUGUGCAGAUGCAGAUCUAGUUGUUCUCUGUGCACUCUUCCCAGUGGUCAUUCCUUCUCUGGUCACUGCUACGGGCGCACUAUGGACUGCUAUCCUCUUGUUAAGAGUUAAUACAGUAAUGAAAAGUGUAAAUUCUAAAUUGUCUGGAACUACCUUAUCCAUCAGAUUACUGCUGUCUCUCCUGAUAGUCUGAUCACCCACUGGGCUUGGCAGCAAUUAAGAGAUAACAUUGGUAACAUAGGCCUGUAUCCAAAGUAUCGAGGGAGCACAUAAGUGGAUGGUGAUAUAGUUAUUCUGUGGAUAUUACUCUGCCUUAUUUUUUCUUCUUUUUGUGGUGGCAGCCCAAGAAGAGUCAUUGUUCAUUGAAGAUCUACAUAGCCGCUCACAGAUCUUACUUCUUCUGGCCAUCAGAAUUUUGCUGUUCAAGUUGCUCCUGUUUGACGUGUUGAUGACCUGCUGCAUUGUUUACAAGAGGUAAUACUGGCCACAACAUCCAACACAUAGACCUAGUCCAGAUAUAAAGCUAAGCCAAACCAUGGACUCGAAUGAGCAAGCAAAUGUACAGUUUCCUGGAUCACAGAUUGUGAUAGCAGUGUACCUCUCUCAUUCUGCUGCUGCCACACUACCCAGAGCUAUGCCAUGGUUUGGUUUAGCAUCACAUCCAAAGCCAGGCUCAUGGUUUGCCUCACUUCAGACGAACCACAAUGUUUGUUCUUGGUUUACUGUUCAUGGUUUGUCUGGGGGAAACACAAGCAUAGGUUUGGAUGUAAUGCCAAGCCAAACCAUAGCUCAGCCAUGGGUAGCACGGUGGCAGCAGAAACACCACUGAACUCUUUGAAGGAGGGGUAUGGUGUUAAGAUGAUGGUGAUGAUGAUGGUGAUAGUAAAGUUCAGCUCCCAACCUGCUGUAAUCUUCCCUCUCCUUUCAGGGAAGAUAUCUUGUUGCACCUGAAGCCUUCCAACUUUUCUGCAGUUCAUCCACACAGGGUCAGAACUGCUUCUGUCCCAGAAAUUGUUGCUAUGAAAAGCACAGAGCAAUGGACUAAGGGGAAAGGCAACUUUCACAUAUCUGGCUGAAAAGAAGGAACUCCAUACGGAAGCAGAAUAUGUGUCCUGAAGAUGGAAGCAUUCACUUGAACAAAAGAGGGAGAGACUAGCCUGGUUUGAAUACAGGCUGAAAAACAGGCUUUUGGCUUCCUUUCAUCUGCCUCUGCUGUGACCUUCGAUUCGGGUUCUUUGGUGCUGAACACUAAUCGGACAACAACUAAGCCAGGCACCCUGGCUGUAGCAGUACACAAAUCUGCACGAAUAACAAGGCUUGACACCCUUUCAAUAUUCUUGUGUUGUGAGCGCAGUAUGUGAUGUCCUGAGAAGAAUGUUUCUCUCUUGAAUAUUGCCGUGUGAUAUUUCUUUGUUCAUAAUUGUACAUAUAGUCUUGCUUGCAUUGUCCUCAAAUAUACAGCUCGUUGUCAUCUAUAUGAGAGAAUGCCUAAGGCAGGGGUUCUGAGAGUUGGGCAACCAUAUUCAGCCCCUGAGCUUGAGGUUCUCCACUCCUUUCACUGUAGUAGGGAGUGAGGUUCUGGGUUUUCAGCCCUUCCGAAGUAGCAAAAUAUUAAUUGCAUAAGAAGUCAUUAGGUGCAGGAUCACAAGUGCAUUGUCACUGCUCAGCAUCUGCAACAUCAUGUCACAGUGGUACCCUGCCUAUGUGAAACAACAGCUGUCACAGGAUGAAUGGCACAGAUAGACAUCACAUCAUCUUAAGCAAACAGGGCUCCAGUUCUGAAUCCUGGCAGGUGCAAGGAGGAAGAUGCAUGCAAGGGAGGCAUGGGAUAGGGGUUGGUUCUUCCCUACAUUCUUGGGAUUGUUACUUAACAGACAUAUGAAUACGAUUAAAUACUCUGUGUGUGCUUACAGAACAGCCAAAGCAUGUCUAGCAUUUUUAUGAGGAUUUAUGCAGCAAUUGUGGAUUGUAACAACAAUCACAAAAACCCUCUUCCUUUUUGUAUUUUACAGGUGCUAUAAAUCUGUUUUCAAAAAUAAAUUACUUAAUUUUUUAAUAAUAAUAA